UAAGUUGUUCCAUCAGAAUUUGAAUUUUAAACGGCUCUGAAUUUGUCUUUGUGAAUUAUUUUACUCUGAAAAAGAGCAUCUGAAUUUUUUUUCUUCUGAAUUUGAAGCACUGAAAUUUCAGUGUAUAGUUUUCAAUGUGUUUAAAAUUUCAAUUUUUUUAAAAUUAAAAAUCAUCUAUAAAAUACUGGAUGUAUUUUUUUUCAAACCCUCAAAUACGACUGUCUAAAUUCGCAUUGUAAAAUACGAUGAAGAAAAAUGACCCAGCCAACAUCCGGGAUACUGAGGCAUUUGCAAUCGCUCUUGCAGAGUCGAUCUAACUUCUAGCCAAUCACGCAACGGUAUAGUAGUCACGGGAACAACCACAAGUCCACGGACGGAAAUGGCAGCCGGUGGCCGCUCUUCGGAUAGUCAGGCUGAAAUAGUGCAGUCAGCAAGGCGUUUAUUACAUUUGCUGACUUCGUCUGAAAGACAGUCAAGUGCAGCAAUUCAAGCCUCAAGUCAAGAUAACGGAGUUGAUCAACAAGGAGGGAUACGGGACCAUGACCGUCACUUUGUACCAGCUACUCGACCUACUCUUCAAACAGAAAUGACAAGAACUUUUCCAGGCCUUUUUACAAAAGGAAAAGGGAAACGACGAUUUCCUGCCCCAGUACUUAUUCCGGCCAAAAAGUGCAAGCUGCUGGAAGUGUCUUUUUACCUCCUUCCAAAACAUUGUGACAGGACACCCAGUGAACUUGAAAAAGUCACACAUAUGCAAGCAGGAUUGGGCCCCAGGACUGCUCAUCUAGAUGAGAGCAUCACCCAUGAGGAGCUAUGUGAUGCCCUCAAAGCUUUAUAUCCAAAGUUGCGCACACUGUCUGGUGGAUGGCUACUUUAUAAAUCUACAGGUGGAUGGGGUAGCCGUAAGCUCGCCCUUGUGUCACCCGAUGAUGCUGGGUAUACAGGCAGAUUGUUGAAAUCUGCUGCACAAGGGGGUAAAAAACUGUUCAUAGUCCCACUUCAGGAGGACCUUGAUACAAGUCCACUGGAACUAACUGAUGAAGCAUUCAAGGGCAUGGCAAAGGCCAUGUGCCAGAAGUGUGGAGUAGAUGUUCCUCUGCAGCUUCUUAAGGAUCACGUCAACUCAUGCUCAGUCAUUGAAAUUGAUGGUGAACAGCCUGUUGAGGAUACAAGUCAUCUUGUUGGGGAAAAAUCUGUGUCAUGUCCAGUUUGCUUAAAAAUGUUUCCUACUGACUGGAUACAGGAACAUGCAUCCACAUGUGGAGAAAGUCCAGUGACACCUGCAGUCACAUCUGCCACAGUGACAUCUGCCAAAGUGACCUAUGAGGAGGACCAUGCAGCCAUUGCUGGAACCUCCACAUCAUCUGCUACUGUUACUGGGGACUGGUUAUCUUUGAGUGAUCCAAGGGAGGCCAUAUCUCAAUAUGCAAAACAUUUUCUCCAAAACCAUGCAAUGGACAGCCCAUUAAUUCUCAGCAUGGACAUUAGAAAAAGUCUUACAGAGCAGGACAUGGCCCUCAUCUCCUUUUAUAAGCAAAAAAAUGUGGAAUGGGCCCGUCCACUGAAAUGCAGACUUGAAGGGGACACAGCUGUAGGACAUGGUGUUGCGCGCUUUUUCUUUUCCACGUGCAUGGAAAAACUGAAGUCAGGUUUUCACAUACAUUUUGCAAACUGCAGUGUUACUCGACUUUUUGAAGGGGAGCCAAGUCAUCUUGUCCCAUCAGCUUCACACUUUCUGGUUGAAAGCGACCUCUUCCUCAUGGCGGGGAGGAUGAUGGGUCACUCCUUCCUCCACGGAGGACCUUGUCUGUCUGGCCUCAGCCCUGCUAUUGUUCAUGUUCUCCUUGGAGGCACUCCUGAAACGUGUACAGUCACCCUGGAGGACUGUCCUGACUUGGACAUCCGUGACACCAUCAGGCUUUUGGAAGGUGAGUCAAACCUGUCUGAGAAGGAUAAAGUAGAGAUACAGGAUUUGGCUUUUGCUUGGGAUCUUCCUCCCCUGACUGAGGGCAAUCGAAAAUGGCUUUUUUGAAAAACUUUUAAUUCAUGCUGUGAUUGGGCGAGUAAUAAGACAGAUUAAGCAACUCCGCCGGGGACUAAAAGAAACACCAAUAUGGACCAUGCUCACCCAGAGACCAGACACAGUAGAUUUGAUCCUCCCCACAGAGGAAGCAGGGAUUAUCUGCCCUCAGGUUCUUCUGCAGCGAAUCAAAUGGCCACAGGCAGAUGAUGAUGACGAUGACUGCCCAGUUGACACCAAAUGUCGUGUGUCUGGCUAUCUCCGGGAGUUUAUCACUACAGUAACACCAGCUGAACUGCAAAGCCUAGUCAAAUUCUGGACUGGCUGGGAGGUCUUGCCAUCGAGUCUGUCUGUAGAAGUGGGAGCAGGAAGAUAUAUUACUGCUUCAACCUGCUACGAGACCCUGCGCAUCCCAUGUCACUACAAAGAUUAUGCUGCGUUCCAGAGCGACAUGCUUGUUUCUAUCUCCACUUGCCAUACAGGAUUUGGUUUGGUGUGAAUUGUUAUGUUCUCCUAAUGUUAAUGUUGAAAAGAUAUUUUGUCAUCUGUUCACAUGGAAGCAACUGGUUUGAGUUGCUCAGGCAAGAUUUUAUUACAAGCUGAGUCAAGGGUUUAGUCUCUCAAAUUGUGUUUCUGGUUCUGUCACAGGUUCAUUAUGAACUGGUUUUGUGC